UAAGUGGAGAUAAGUGUCCAUUUGCACAUCGCAUGGUCCUCUGUGGCAAAAUGGGAUGCAAAAGUUAUCCUUUUCCGUUCCCUUUAAAUACUGCAAGCACAAAUGCUGCAUGUGCAUUUACCAGUAGCACCUAAGAGACAAUUAGCUGCAGGAGCAAUAGCAAAGUCGCCUGAAGGUCAUUGUUACAACAGCAGUGCAGUAAGAGGUCUAAAAUUAGGCAGAGAUUCUUUGGCAUGUCUGGCUGCAAUUCCUGUUCCUACUUAACACAAAUUAGAUUCUUGUAAAAAAAAAAAAAAAAAAGCCACCAACACAGUGGAAGUAAUUAUCUGUCAUCUGCAGUUUCAAUGAAAGGAAUUCAGGUCACAAUUCAGGAGAACUUCUCUGAGUCCAGAAAGUAAUCAAAAAAUGCAUGUCCUAUUACUGUUUAGUAGUUUUUAAUUAAAAAAGGACACUUGGGAAUUUGUAUUCGAAUAACUGAGAAGGCGAAUGAAAUGGAAAGGAACAGCGACUCUCCUUACAUAUCAUGAUGUAACAACUGUUUCACCAAAAAAAAAAAACUUUCACACAUGGACUCCAGCAGUAUUUCUGUUAGUGUGGAGACUAUAUUAGAAGUGGGACUGGAUGUCCUCACUUGUAAAAACACUUCUCGUUUGUUUUAUUGAGCAUAAAUCCCAUGGAAAGACUAAAUUUACUCAAUUUGGCUCUGAGAGUUGGGGAGGUUUUAAAAGGCUCUGGCCUGAGGAGUGGGCCUGGAAAUAAAAAAGAGUGAAAGUGCUGUGAGAAACGCAGCUGUUCAGAGCGCCAAAUGCGGGCUGGCAACACUUUAUAACUUAAAUUAGUUUUGGCUCGAACAGCUGAUUCUAAGAAUGGAGAGACUUGAGGAGAACCAAAGAAGGAGCCAAAUGACAUGUUUGACUCUUUUCGCAGGACUAGACGGGCCUCUUUUGAUGCUUCAUGCAAAUGUAAUUGAACAGAGUUGCAGCAAACAAGAAGUCCGAUUGCAAAAAUGUUCUUUGAAGCCAUUAUUUAAGAUUUACCGUUCAGUUUCAAGCCCCAGAGUGAGUUUUUUUUCUUUCUUUUUUUUUCAUAUCAUCAGCUGCCAUCUAAAGGGAUCAAAUUCACAAUGUGUUGGAUCAUUGUUUGAGAAUAAUGGGGUCAGUUACAGCAGCAGCUAAUACCGUGUCUACACUCUGCGUCUGUGUUGUGGAGGGGGGAGGGCUUUUGAGGGGAAAGGGGACAGAGGGGUUGUAUUUUUAUAAACCAUGUGUCCUCCUGCACGUCUGACAGUGAUAGAGUGGAAAGGCUGCCAGAGUGGAACUGCUGUGCCUUUCAAAGACAAAAGAAAGUGAGGCCAGGCUCCGCCAAAGGGGCUCCAAAGAGAAGAGACUCUAUAAACUACAAAAAGUAAUCAUCAGGAAGACAAACGGAAUAGAUAAGCAUGGAUCUGAAGACUGAAAACCCCUCCAAUGGCCCCACACCAGAGAUCAACUUGGAGAAGUUAUGCAAGAUAGCUGCAGAGCUGAUACUGCCGGGAAAGUUCAUCCUCAGACUCCUGAAUGCUGUGCUGGUGUUUGUCACCAACAUACUGGCCAGAGUCUUCGGAAGCAGCCUGGUCAGAGGACAUUUCCACCUGAUGCUGUCUGGUUUGGUUCUGUUUGGCCCUGUGCUGAGCUUCUGGGUGUCAAAGUACAGCAUCUUCGCCAAUAAGAAUAACUUCUUGUACAGGAAGUUCCUGAAGUCCACUUGGGGCUGGACCUGCACCUUCACAGGCUCCUUCGUCGUCCUCCUCUCCAUGUCCGCCCGUCACUCCAUCUCCCUCUCCCUCCGCCACCUCUCUCGGGUAGGCUUGGUGGGGUUGCUCUGGUGGGGCUGUCGGCGUCUCCUGACCCUGCUGGAGGACGCCGCAGGAACCUGCUACGAACCAGUGACCCCUGCUCAGGAUAUCCAAGGCGCUGCCUCUGCAGCACAGCCCCUGCUGCUCCUGCAUGAAGACCUAACCAAGGCCUCCUGCCUCAGAGCCAAGAUGAUGUGGAGAGGUUACGAAGUGUCCCAGGAAGUCCUCAUCCUCUGCUUGUGUUGCCUGCUGCUGAUCGAGGAGAUGUCCGUCUUUGGCGAUCACGUGGCUCAAGCAAAGUCUCUGCAGAAGUCGCCUGGAGGCCCUCUGAGAUUCAUCUUCCUCCUGUGUGUGCUUCUGCUCGCUGUUUGGAUCUUCCUGCUGCUGUGUUUGCUCGCACACUUCCCCCAGUUCCCCUCCCAGCAGCUGGGAGGAGCUCUGGGCUACCUGGGGUGGAGGGGACUCUAUCAGGGACUGUACAGACUCAAAUCGAGCUGGAGCGGUCCCGGUCUGCCAGGAGAGGGGCUUUAUACCACCACAGACAUCGAUAAAAAGCCCCAGUAGUGUGAAACCCAUAAUAGAUGA